UAACUAAUAACUUGGUAUUAGAACACAAUGUCACUGUGGAAGUUAUUUGAAGGUAUCCGGUACUGCGGAGGGGUGUGUGAACACAGUCUCAGAAGAUAUAAAAGAAUAAGAGAUAACAGAGAUAAACUAGUUGAACUCGGUUUUAUGACCCUAGAUGAACCUCUGGAAUGUUACCGGACUAAAGAAUGGGAGGAACAUACCUCAGCCUUCUCAGAGUAUGAGACGUUGCUGAAGCAGCACGAAGAAGGUCUCAUAAAGCUCGAGGAUGAAGUUAAAACGGACCCCAGGAAUCCUUCUGACAGAUACUCAGACAGUGAAAAAGAUAGUCCAGUAGUUAAUAAGAAGAGGAAAUCACCCAAGAAAAAGAAUAAGUCUCAAAAGAGCAGAAAUAAGAUAAGAGGAAGUCAGAAACAUAAUAUCAAAGUAGAACAGGUGGAUUGUGUGGAAUGUGUAGAAGUAAGAAAAGUUACUCAGCUUGUAAACGAAGAAGCUGAAGCUCCCGAAGUAGAGGAACUGGAGAUGUUCCUACACUCAGAACCGGAGUCUAUACCAGCACUACAAGAUCUACUUGUUAACAAGAAUCUAACCUCUCAUCUCAGAGAUGGUCCUGUAGAUGUGUGUAAACUGAUCGCAGAAAACCCAGAGUAUACACAUGAAAUAUGUGAGGCUAACAUAGACUCUCUUAUGUCUGAUGAGGAGUUUUAUAAAAUUACCUGCGAGACUUAUCCUGGGGGCUGGGAAAAGUUCCUGGAGGACAUGGAGAACUCAGAGUACUCAGAAUCCUCAGAUGAUGAGAGAAUUGAGCUGCCCCCUGAUCUCUACAAAGAUCUCAUGUCAGACAAGGAUAAGGAAGAUGUGUCUGAAGACGAGGAGGAGCAGUAUCAGUAUGGUAGAAUUAUCAAGGAUCCGACUAAUGGUUGUCUCCAUCGAGCACUAGACUUGUAUGACGACUAUGAUAGCAUGACCCAAGAGGAGUAUAAUAAAAAGGUGAAGGAGGUGCUCAAAGAUAUGGACAGAAUCACUGUGCUAGAUGAUGAGGACACUGAAGUUAAAACGAGUACUAACUAUAGUACCAUACCACGUACCGAUGGAAGAAUAGUGACAUCCAACCUUGAUGCCAACCAGCCAUCUUGUAGCGAUAUUGAACUUAGUGAUAGGGAACCUCCCAGUACGAGUAACAGUUCUCAUCAAAAUAGUGAAACCAACAAAUCAGAUGAUGUAAAAACUGGUGACACACCAGAUGUAAGAAACUUGAUUGGGUCUGAUAUCAGUUCCAGCUCUGUUACACAAACAAAGAAACUCCCCACUAUCCUUAGUAACAGAGAAGUGUACGAGAAUAUUGACAAUAUUCCUCGUCCAUCUUAUUGGUUACCUGAGACAGAACCUGACUCUGAGAAGAAAGAGGAAGAGAUAGAUGAUUUCGAGUAUCUAGGAAUGUUGGAUGAUGGAUAUCUGCUGAGUCUGUUUGAUGAGGAUAAAGAAGAUAAGAACGCUGAACUAGUGUGCUCGGAGAAAGGAACAGAAACACAAGCACUGACCUUUGUUUCUCAAACAGAUAAUACUAGUGGAACAGAUAAAAUCACUAGAGAUGAAGAUUUCACAACACCAGUUCCCCAAGCAGCUGCAGGAGAAGUGUCUAAAAAUAGACGCAGUAACCCUCCUAGACUUGCUAAAGAGGGGGUCAUAUAUCGUGAUGAUAUUGAAGAUCUGGAGGAGGUCUUACAGUCUGAAUAUUUUUGCUGGCAGUGUAAAGAUUAUGUGAGAGGAGAAUGUGGACUUCAUGGUCCUCUACUCCCUUUUUUAGAAGAUAUCACCCAACCUGGAACUAAGAAAACUGCUAACUUCCCAGUUCCUAGUUGUAUUGAAAUUAAAGAAUCUACAAUUCCUAGGGCUGGAAAUGGAGUAUUUGCGACUCUGUUUAUCGAACCAGGAAGUAUAUUGGGUAACUACAAAGGGAAGGUAAUAUCUGAGAAAGAGUACAAGAAAUUAGAGUCUGCAGAUAAAGAGAGUGGGUAUUCGUGGCGGGCUGUGAGUCAGGACGGAGAUGUUAUCUACCUGGACGGGGCGAGUCACAGGGCUAGCAACUGGUUACGGUUUGUUAACUGUGCUCGCGGUCAAUGUGAGGAAAACAUCCUAGUUAGAAAUAUUCCAGGUGGAAUACAGUAUUAUUCGUAUAAGCCUAUUGGGUUGGGAGAGGAAUUGCUAGUGUUCUACGGAGAGGACUAUUUCGAAGAAUUAGGAUAUUCUUUGCAAACUGAUCUUGACGCUGGACAAGAGUAUCAUUGCACUGCAACUGGUUGUCUGAAGCUGUUCAAGACGCAGCAAGAACUGGAGAGACACACUUGUGGGAAGACUCUAGGAGUAUCAAGCAGAGAGAAAGUACACAAGUGUGACAGGUGUGGGAAGAUGUUCACUGAGAGAAGUGCCUUAACUAGGCACAUCAGGACAGUACACGAUAAGGUAGCGAGACUCAGCUGUCCUUACUGUAAAUAUAGGACUGAUCACCAACACCGCCUCACAUGUCACAUGUUAACACACACGGGGGACAAGCAGUACAAGUGUACACACUGUGACUAUGCUGCUAUUACGAAGCAGCAUCUCACUACUCACAUCUACAACAACCACACGAACAAGACAUACAUGUGUCAGUACAAGCAGUGUGGUGUUAGGAAGCCCUCCCAACAGGAACUGUAUGAUCAUAUCAGAACAGAACACCCAGUACUAAAACACAGAUGUGAUGUGUGUCCUAUGUCAUUUAACACUUCAACUCAUCUCACACGACACAAGAGAACACAUAGCACAGAACUAAAUUCAAGGUUUGAGUGUAAGUACUGUGCUAAAAGGUUUACACAGCAAAGCGACCUAAAAAGACAUUCUGCUACUCACACUGGUGAGCGGUCACACAAGUGUAGUGUGUGUGAUAAGAGGUUUACUCGGAAAGGUAGUCUAACAACCCACAUGAGGAUACAUACGGGAGAAAGACCCUUCUCAUGUUCAUACUGUGAUAAUAGGUUCACUCGAAGAGUAAACAAGACCAGCCAUGAAAUCACUUGCAAGAACAAAAUCGAUUGAAAAUCGAACCCGGACACAAAUGUUGUUAUGGUUGCCAUACUAUAAAUUUAUCACUAAUUAUAACUCAUUUAGAAUUUUGUUUUUGUAAAAUUCCUUUAAUGAAAACCUUUCAGAACAUUUUACUACUAAGAUCCUGAAUAUAAUUAAUUAGUGUGCUGUGUGAACUUGAAGUUUAUAAUUUUACCUUUUCUGUCACGUGGUAGACAACAUUGUUGCCAAGUUCAUGAUUGAGCUAUUAGAGCCUCGAGAAUAUGUUAUCGUUCACUUGAACGUUAAUUUUUUACAGUAUUCUUUAAACUAAAUUGAAUAUAAUCUCUGCCGAGCGACAUGUCUAUACCUAUAGCUAUUGUGUUUUGAGGGAAUUUCUGACGGCGGCGCGAACGCCAAACGUUAAAAUUCUGAUGUAGCUACAAAAUGUCACACUCACUGUGACAUAAAGUUUCCCGCGCGCGGGAACCCGGUUCUGAAUUUUUUCGGCAGGGGGGGCGCCAACAGGCAACGUUACGCCACUGGACUGAAGACGAUAGUCAAUCGUGUCCCGUAGGUCUGUUUCCCGUAUACAGCUAUUCCCGUAUACAGGUAUAGUAUACAGUUAAUUCUUAACCAGCAGUAAAUUGUAUUGAAUUCUCAGUGGUGCCUGUGCCAAUAACACGCUUUCAGUCGUCUAAUAAUUCUAAUCGAGAGACUACAACUUUUGAAUCGAAUAUGCUAAAUUGACCUAAUUUUUCAAUUUCAUUUUGUAUUGGCUGAUCGUCUAAAUUAAACUAAGAAACAACCCAGAUUGAUUCUGAAAUCUUGCAAAUUAUUCUUCCAAAUGAUAAGUGAGCUAUGCUGUUUUGUGUUUAAAAAAUAAAACUUUGGCAUUAUGUUCGAUAACAGUGAUUGUGAAUACGAAUAGGCAGUGUUGUUCAUGUUUCAGGCGAUAGCAGUUUUAGAAAUUUUAAGGGAGGAUGAGCUUCAAUUAAUUAACUUUCGCAGGAGCUAAUUUCAGUAAAUAAUUGAAUUUUAAUCACAAGAAAUUGUAUUCAGAUUGAUUUUUAUAUUUGACCGAAUCAUAUGCUUUAUUGCUAUUUAGCAUAUGUUGCCGUUAAAUAACAUGUAAAUUUUU